AGGGAGGUUGGUGGAGAUGUGCAUCGCGGCGGCGAGCGCCUCCGCGGAGAGCGUGGAGAGGUGGCGGCGUCAGCGGCGGACCCUCGAUCGCCUCCCCUCCCACCUUGCCGACGCCCUCCUCCGCCGCCUCCUCCGCCGCCGCCUCCUCUACCCCUCCUUGCUCGAAGUCUUCCAGUACUCCGUCGAGGAGGUUGACUUGAAAGGCGAGAAUAGUGUAGAUGCAGAGUGGCUAGCUUAUUUAGGAUCAUUCCGUUACUUGCGCACACUAAAACUCGUGCAUUGUAGGGGCAUCAACAAUUCUUCUAUUUGGCCUAUUUCUGGAAUGAGCACUUUAAAAGAGUUAGACUUGUCGAGGUGUUCGAAAAUCACGGAUGCUGCAAUCAGAAAUGUGAUUUCAAUCGAGUCUCUAGAAAAGCUAUAUCUCGCAGAGACUAGAGUGACUGCCAAUGGAGUGAUGCUCCUAUCUUCUCUUAAAAAUCUGUGCUUGUUGGACCUGGGAGGUAUUCCCGUCACUAAUGAGGCACUAUCAUCAUUACAGGUUUUGACAAGAAUCGAGUACUUGGAUGUAUGGGGUAGUUCCGUUACUAAUGCUGGUGCUGCAAAACUUACGGCGUUUCCUAGAUUGAAUUUUCUUAAUCUCGCUUGGACUAAUGUCACUGUUUUGCCAUAUCUUCCUUCAUUAAGGGUCUUGAACAUGAGUAAUUGCACCGUCCAUUCUAUAUUUGAUGGGGAUCAUAGAACUAGUAUUCCUUUGACGAAAUUUCUUGUUUCUGGAUCUACUCUUACCGAUAUUGACGAAUCAUUCUCCUAUAUUGAAGCAAGUUCUUUGACAUUCUUGGACAUGUCUGGAUGUUCCGUUAGCAACUUCAGCUUCUUGGAAAAGCUGAAAAGAUUGGAGCACUUGGAUCUCCGCUCCACUAAAAUAGUUGAUAACACAAUUGAACUUGUUGCAAAUAUUGGAGUGUCUUUGCGAGAUUUAAAUCUUAGCCAUGCGAACCUCACAUCUUAUGGAGUGAGUGCAUUGGCUGGAGCUGUUAUGAACAUAGAGUCUCUUUCUUUAGGACACACAGGAAUUGAUGAUUCUGCUCUCUCAUAUAUCGGCACGAUGCCUUCUCUAAGGACGGUUGAUUUAAGCCACACGCAUAUUAAAGGUUUUAUUUACUGGGGUAGGGACAAUAGGGAGAGAACAUUGUCGCUCUGUGCUCUUCAGAAUCUCAAACAUUUGGAGAACUUAAAUUUGGACGACACGCAGUUGAAAGAUGAAGUUGUUCAGCCCUUGUCUUCCUUAAAAGAGUUGAACUCUUUGUAUCUGAAGAGUGAUUACUUGUCUGAUAUCACGUUGCAUGCCGUGUCUUCUCUCUCGAACUUAAAAGUUUUAGGGUUUCGGGGGACUGUACUGUCCAACUCUGGACUUCUCCUCUACAUGCCCCCACCCACGCUUGAAGUAUUGGAUUUGAGACUAUGUUGGCUUUUAACUGAGGACGCGGUCCUAGCAUUCUGUCGAGGUCACCCUCAAAUCGAGGUGAGACACGAACUCGUUGAGAAGGUUAAUGCAGAACGAGGUGGAUCGGUUGCUUCCUCCCAUCUCAACAAAAUGACCCAAAUUCGAUCAAAAGGGAUGAAUUUUCCGCAAGUUGCGAGAGGAAACACAACUGCCAAUUUUGUAGAUGAAAGGGUUAAAUAUAGCAUGGAGGAAUUGAUGGAGUUGAAGCAUCUGCCAGUAUCAAGCUCUUCGUUGCAUGGUACACAGAUUCCACCGGAGUUGCGGAGAACUGAAUUAUGCUUUUCCAGGGGGAACAAAAUGAUUUUGGAUCAUCAUCAAAUAGCUAUUUUCAAAUACACUGGAAAAGGAAAUUCAAAUCUGCGAAUUUCGACUUUAGAUAUUUUGUGCAUAUUGUUAUCGCACUACAUCGGUUGGUUUAUCACACUAAUUAAGGUGAAAAGCGACAUCACGGUCAUCAGAAGAACAGAAAAUUUAGUAAGACGCGUUUUAUAGGACAAUCACUAUAUGUGACUCUCAGAGGAAGGUUGAGUACUAGCGGAUGGUUCAUGCCCAAUCAUCUUAUAAGAUGCAUUCUGCGUUCUUUUUUUAUUUA